AGAUAAGUUAAGUGCCAGCUACGCACCGCCUCUGCUACUUGAAUCCACAAGCUACGAAGUACACUGCGCCCCUUCUGCCGCUGUCCUGCCGCAAGGAAAAAGAAUCGAUAUACAACCAGUGUUCUGAGUAACUACUACAUCGAUACCUGAAUUUCUGCAUUGCCGCUGCUGGCAAAUGUUCUACGGGAGACGUCUGCAUAAUGAUCGAGCUCCCUUCAACUAUUCGACGAGCUGCGUUAGAAAGGCUUGCAACGCUAGCGGCGCAAGCGUCAGAACCCGAUGAGAGCUUGAUGAUUGAGCGCAUCACCCAGCCGUUGCAACAUGAUCUUCUAUCCGACAACACACUUGCUGGCCGACUGCCAGGCCAGAGUUCACCACGGAUUUCCAUGGGCACCAGAGAGUUGGAUGUGGUCAUAGCCCUGUGUAAAGCUUCGCCCGUAACCGCUACUCUGCAAAAUGCAUCGAAAAUAGCGGUACAAUUAUCGCACUAUCUACCAGAUUCGCACAGCCAGCUCUUCCGCCCCUCGCCUUUCUUAUAUAAUGUGAAACCAUCUCCGUGGGAGGUUCUUACUUACAAUCUUACAUUGGCUCUUCUUGCACUGGGUUCCAAACAUGCAGGGUUGCGUAGUAUCGUCUUUGGUGCCUGCAGCACAUACUUGCGAAGCUGCACCGAAGCAAUCAGUGCCGUGACACCUACACAAGGCUACGGAACGGAAGCAAUCGAACAUGUCAAUGGGCAUGGCUUGACUCGUAUCUUAUCAAUCACUAUGUCUCUCGUCGGCUUCAUGGAAGCAUUGGCAUGUUUCGCUUCGUUCUGGUCCACAGAUGAAAAGCUGUAUCUUGUCGAGAAACUACACUCGAUUCUCUCGGAACAGUACAUGAUAGCUGUGGAGACCGCUUCCUCAACAGUGCGCAAUUCGAGUAUGCCCGAUUCUUUGGCGGGUGAUUGGAAACGAUACGCUCAUCGCUAUUCUAGCGGUGGACGCCCUGUAAGCGCAAUGCUCUUACGGGAGGGCUUGGCACGCUUCAUCAAUUCGUGCGCCGUAUCUCUGAAUGGGAAAGAUGAUCUUCUAGAUGAAGAGCUUCUGAAGAAGCAUACCCUUCGCCGCCAGACCACCACGAUUCUUGAGGACGCAGAACUAGCCCUCGUUGAUAAGAUGACAACAAUCAUAGCCGAGGAGAUGCGCCUUCUUGAAGAAGGAUCUGAUUACUUGCAGCUAAGUUCUCAUUGGCAGCAGCGGCUUGCCUUCUCUACGAAGAGGCUCGCUCUUACCGGCUACCUUCAUUGUGUUGCGUUAAGCUCAGAUGCCACAAAUAGCGAAGAAUUCCUUUCGUGGCUAGAGGCAACGAUCGCAAACACGGAUCAGAUGUCAUAUCCCGAUUUAGCCACAGCUACUCUAAAAAGCAUAGCGGUUAUUUCUCGGUUGGCCCCUAGCAGCGCAUCUUUCGGCAGCCGUUCCCUUCUUAAAUUCAUCGUUGAUGGAAACGUGUCUACUCGUUCGACUGGCCUAGUUGCUGCCCAAUGCCUUGCGUAUGUUCUUGAUGUCCUUUCCCAGGAUACAGUCAUAACAACUCUUUAUUCGCUGGGAAACGGUCUGAGCCAUGGCCCUAGCUCAGGUAAGUUACAUCAGUUACAGCUUCUAGGUGAUGGAACAACUCAUGGGAGCACACUUGCGCUCGUAUCACGAGGGAUAAGUGACAUUGCUACUAUUUCCAUCUCUGAAGAGGGAGAAAACGAACAUUAUGGCAGGAUAAUACAAGCCAUUGUGACGAUCGCGGGUAACUCUGACGACGGAAAGAUAAGUGCUUUGGCACAGUCAAUGUUAUUACAGAAAAUAGGGAAGGUGAACGUCGCAGUUGAUGCUUGCAUCAUAAAAGAAACCGCUGCUUUAUCCUUGAGCACUGGGCCAGCUGAAUUCCAGCUACUUCUGAAAUUCUACGAUCGUGCGUACAGGGACAGUAUCACAAGAGGCUAUCAGAAAGUUGCGGAGGCUGUGAAAGGCGCCAUGGCGUUCAUUUCCGUCACGCUAAAGAAGAACUCCGCCUUGUACAGGAUCUAUCUCAUCCACCUGCUUGAGGGCAUGGUCAACAAAGGCGCUGCUACCGAUCUCGACCAUGACCGCCAAAAGGAGGUUCUACUGGCCCCUGACGAUAUCGUUCCUUUCUUGAAACCACUGGCGUUACUUGUAUCUUCGGGAUAUGAAUUGGCGAACCAAUCGGAAGCAGAUAUAUGCUACGAUCAGGAUGUGUCAGCUCUUUUCCGAGAUGCCUGGUUCAACAUUACAAUACACGGCAUAACGCUCAAUUCCCCUGUCACCCAACGUCAUCAUGAAGAAUUACGCUUACUUGCUAAGCACUCUCCAUCCCUUGUCUCCGAAGAUCGCAUGGACAUGCUGGAGAGCGAUGUCGAGCUGAAUACAAUUCUCAGGCGCGGUAUGAGUCAGCAGCGUAUUCUCGAACAAAAAAAGAAGCUAAUCGCUGAACUACCUGGCCGAGAGGCCGAGAUCAAACGCUUAAGUUAUCCGCGCGUGAUAUUCCUUAAUGCUACCUUGCUAAUUGAGAGUCUUCGGGCUUUGUCGGGAAAUUGCAAGGCAAUCCUCAGUUAUUUUCGAGAUCCGGUUUUAGCCACCGCUGAAAUGUCUACUUGCAUGAGUGCUAUCGCCGAGAAAGUUGUCUCUUGCCAUCUUUCGUUGACACUGGCUGGAAAGCUUGAGCAAUUUUCUGUACCUUUCUUGUCAAGAGAACUUGCUGGCUUUUUCGUUGCGUGCUGCCAUCGUGUGGAGCGAGUUCAAAACAUUGCUGUUCUCUGUGCAAACAGAAUACUGCGCGAGUGUCCUUCAGCUUUAUGUGCAAAGGACUCUCUCUUUGCUCUGCUUGAGCUCUUGACUGUUAUGUGGCAAUCUUGCCUCGAAGGCGAACUUGACGAGUACGAAUGGAAAUCAUCUUUCAUUUCCCCUUUUGGUCUUGUGCAAGUCGAGUUACCCGACAACUAUAGCUUCAGAGAGAGAACUUUAGAUGUGCUAUUAGAACGUGCCCGGGCGUGGGUAACGGCAGUGAUGAAUAUUUCACCUCUGGAUGUGAAAGGACUUCUGCAGGCGUAUCUCUCCAUAUCUGAUGACAAUAGCGGGGAUGGCCAGGUUUCCUUGGGCCGGUCUUUUGCCUUAGAAAUGGGUGCGCUGAUCCCAAGCAGCAAUCAACGUCUUGGCUCUAUUAAGGGGGGUAGUGUGGGCGGCGUGCUGAACAUAGCCUCCGGUUUCAUAUCCCAGCUAUCCACACGCGAGCGGCACAGAAUAUCGGAGACGCUAAUUGUGGACGGUGCUGUGCAGCAUUUGAGCAAAGCUUCUGACUUCAACGACAUGGCGCUGGAUUCCCCUUUACUAGGAACAGCCAGGACUGUGGAAGAUACUCUUUCCAAGCUCUGUUCACGAUUAAGGGCUGCAACAGACGUCCCUAUCACGCAGGUUCGGACCGUACUGCGACAGGCUGCUGCCCUUGUGAGUAACCAUGCUGCCAACCAAGCUUCUCUUGUCCGUUACCUGGUCACAGUGCCCUUCGAGCAAUUUUCGCAAGAGUCUAUUGACUUUGGAACGUCUCUUUGGCUGAGUGUCAUGCACGCAAAUCCAAGAAUGGGUAUUAGACUGUUGUCAGAGAUAAUGAGAGCAUGGGAAAGAACAAUUGACCGCAAAAGAAAUUUAUUCGAUCCAUCCUUCAGCUGCAAGGACCCAUUCUUCACAAAAAUUGAACUGUUGCCCACAGAUAGGACUCUCACUACACGGAAUCAGGAAAUGGCCCAAGAGAAGCUCAAACCACAUCUGCGAAUCCUUGAGUUCUUCGAAAGUCACUUCAACGCUACUCGGUUUGCGAACGCGCAGGCCCGACUUCUGUUCUGCCGCCUUGUUGACAUGACAUCGACGGGAUUGUUGCAAGCGAGUAGUCAUCCUCUCGCGCGGGAACUGUACUUCCGUGUCAUCUUGUUCAGUCUCAAAGUACUAAAUGACUGCAGCUCAUAUGAUAUGGCAUUCCAAUGGAAACUGAAGGACCAGAUUUUGUCAGCCGCUUUGACUUGGUUCAAGACUCCACCAAGAUGGUCUUUUGGAGGUAAUCGCCUUCAGAUGAAAGCCGAAGACAAGAUUCUGAAUGACGUUGUCUCUGCUCUUGGGGAUGUUUCUCUGAUCUCUCGCCGCCUGCAAGGAGCCUACAAAUCAUUGCAAUCAAAACAAGAUCUUCUUCAUAUCCUUAUAGAGACUGAGAGAUCGCGCCUCAGGGUGUGGCUUUACCCACUAGACUCCGAUCGCAAACAUGUUAGCACACAAUCGACAUCGUCUAAAAGUCUCAUUGAGGAAGCUACAGCCCUGUUACAGCUCGCUUGGGCUGAGAGCCCCGGUUUGGCAAUUCAGCUGUCAACCCGAUUUCCAUCGGCGAAGCUUAAGAGUGAUGUCCGCUGGCUGAUGCUAACUUUCCCCGAGAAGGCGAUUGAAGAGCCUGAAGGUUUGGAGCUGAUGUUUGGUGCCAAUCUUCCUACUGACGUCUCAAGUCAAUUGAAGUAUCUACUUUACUGGGCUUCUGUCAAUCCAACUGAGGCGUUGACGUACUUUUUGCCCGCUUAUGGAAACCAUGCGUUCAUACUACAGUAUGCCAUGAAAGCAUUGGAGAGCCAUCCAAUCGACGUCCGCUUCUACUUUGUCCCGCAAUUAGUCCAGGCUCUGAGAUACGAUUCUCUGGGCUAUGUCGAACGUUACAUAUUGGAGACAGCUAAGCUGUCUCAGUUGUUCGCUCACCAGGUCAUAUGGAAUAUGAAAGCGAAUUCAUAUAAGGAUGAGGACUCUCAAGUCCCCGAUCCGCUCAAGCCCACCUUGGACAAGUUCAUGGAUGCUUUGAUUGAAAGCUUCACAAACGAGGAACGUGAUUUCUACGAAAAGGAAUUCAACUUCUUCAACGAGAUUACUGGCGUCUCCGGGAAGCUCCGACCAUACAUUAAGCGAAGCAAGGCUGAGAAGAAAGAGAAGAUUGAAGAAGAGCUUCGCAAAAUCAAGGUAGAGGUAGGGGUAUACCUCCCAAGCAAUCCCGAGGGGGUUGUCAUCGGCAUCGAUCGCAAAUCUGGUAAACCCUUGCAGAGCCAUGCCAAAGCACCAUACAUGGCGACUUUUAGAAUUCAGAAGACGAGGACGCAAGCACAGGGUGUUCGCCAGGAACCACGCGCCCUAGUUAAAGGUCGCAAUGACUUCUCAGGUUCAUGUGGGACAUCGUCAAAUGACGAUUCGGAGACCUACGAAGUGUGGCAAUCAGCUAUUUUCAAGGUUGGCGAUGAUUGCCGUCAAGACAUGCUAGCCCUACAGAUGAUUGCUGCUUUCCGAAGUAUAUUUGCAGGCGUCGGCCUAGAUGUGUGGGUGUUUCCUUACCGAGUAACCUCCACGGCUCCUGGGUGCGGGGUUAUAGAUGUUCUUCCAAACUCGAUUUCGCGCGAUAUGCUUGGCCGUGAAGCUGUCAAUGGUCUAUAUGACUACUUCAUUUCUAAAUACGGUGGGGAGGAUUCAAUACGAUUCCAGGAGGCACGUACCAACUUCGUCAAGAGCAUGGCUGCUUACUCCGUUAUAUCAUAUCUGCUACAAUUCAAAGAUCGGCAUAAUGGCAAUAUCAUGAUCGACGAUGCAGGCCAUAUUAUACAUAUCGACUUCGGGUUCUGUUUUGAUAUCGCACCAGGAGGCGUGCGUUUCGAGCGCGCCCCGUUCAAACUGACGUCUGAGAUGGUUGCUGUGAUGAGUGGUAACAGUCACUCGCACAUACACCCCAUCAGCGGCUCUGGCGGUGGAAUCGGCAUGUCAGCAAGUGGCUCCCAUAGUCCGACUAGCACUCAACCCUACAUAUGGUUCGAAUCGCUGGUUGUGAAGGCUUUUCUUGCGUCAAGGCCGUACAGCGCCAAGCUUUCUCAUAUAGUGUCCUUAAUGCUUGAUAGCGGCUUGCCAUGCUUCAAACCCGACACACUGAGGAAUUUUCGAGACCGAUUUGUACUUGAGAAAAGUGAGAGGGAGGCGGCCGAGCAUAUGCGUGAGCUUGUACGCAAGUCGUACAUGAGCGUAUCAACGAAGGGAUACGACCAAUUCCAGUUGCUAACCAACGGUAUUCCGUACUGAGCCCAGGAUAGUUGGCUAAAACAUAAAGAUUCGAAUCCAACGACUCAGGGAGGUGCCAAUUGCAUUCUUGUUAAUGAUACAUUUAGGGAUAGAGUGGAAAUACAAGAAUUGAUUGAGGUUCAAGUGAAAGCUAAGAAGAGGAACUCACCUUAACGCUCGAUUGAAGAACUUUCGACAAAUUCAGACCAAUGCAGUCGGUCGAUGCACGCGAUAUUACCACCUACUCGUUGAUUUUAUGAUUGUUGUGAAAUACUGCUUAUCUAGU